CGAGUGUAGGCAGCCCUUCCCUGCAGGGACUUCGCCUACGUGGCGCGGGACCAGCUGACGCAGAUGCUCAAGUGCCACGUCUUCCGCUGCGAGGCCCCUGCCAAGGACAUCGCCACCAGCCUGCACGAGGUCUGCUCCCAGAUCAUGGUGGAACGGCGAAGUGCCCGGGCGCUGGCUAACGGCCUCUCCGUGGACGCCUCCAGGAUGGUGGAGAUCCCCUUCCAGGUGGAGUUCCCGGCGCCCAAAAGCGAGGUGGUGCAGAAGUUCCCCGUCUGCUACCUGGGCUGCGUCCCCGUCGCCAAACCCGUGGGCAUGGACGUCAUCAACGCGGCGCUGGAGGCGGCGUUGGCCACCGGCAGCAAAGAGCACUGGACGCCCAUUGUGGUCAACGUGGCGCCCGCCACCCUCACCAUCACCCACGAGCAGACGGAGGCGGUGCUGUGCGAAUGCCGCGUGCGGUUCCUCUCCUUCAUGGGUGUGGGCAGAGACGUGCGCUCCUUCGCUUUCAUCAUGGCCAGCGCGCCCGGCGCGUUCCGCUGCCACAUGGUGUGGUGCGAGCCCAACGCGGCGGGGCUGAGCGAAGCCCUGCAGGCCGCUUGCAUGGUGA